AUGUCACACCAUCAGCCUACGUCGCACGUCAUGUCGAGCGGCGACGAGAAACCAUUCCAUCAUUCCCAUUCACCAAUCGAUCACUCGGCACUCAUCCAGUCACGCGAGACUGGCGAUGUAAUUCCCGACGACACCCCUAUCCAGGGAAAUGUCAAGGCAUUACCCUUUGCUAAAUCAUGGGUUCACAUGUUUGCUGGCGGUGUUGGAGGUAUGACUGCCGCUGCAGUUACAGCCCCUCUCGAUGUGUUGAAGACUCGAUUGCAAUCCGAUUUCUACCAGGCCCAGAUCCGAGCUCAACGCGAAGCUCAAGCUCAAGUCAUUGGCCGACUAAACCCUGCCCGGGCUGCUCUAUAUCAUCUGAACGACACACUCCAGAUUCUCGGCUCAGUAUAUCGGAAUGAGGGUUGGCGAGCACUCUUCAAGGGUCUUGGCCCUACCUCAGUUGGAGUUGUACCAGCUCGAUCCAUCAACUUCUAUGUCUACGGCAAUGGAAAACGCUUAAUAUCUGAGCAUUUCAACAAUGGUGUAGAAGCGCCAUGGGUCCACCUAUCGGCUGGUGUAGCAGCCGGUGUCAUUACCUCAACGGCUACAAACCCCAUCUGGAUGAUCAAGACUCGGUUACAGCUGGACAAGAAUGUUGCAGCUGGCGGUGCGCAAAUGCGCAAAUAUCGAAACAGCUACGACUGUAUACGUCAAAUUAUUCGGGACGAAGGUAUUCGAAGUCUCUACCGUGGCAUGAGUGCUAGUUACCUCGGCGUGGUAGAGUCGACGAUGCAAUGGAUGCUCUACGAGCAAAUGAAGGCAUCUCUAGCUCGCAGACACAACGCGAUCGUCCGCAGUGGUCGUGAACUGACUUGGUGGGAUAAGACUGUCGACUGGACUGGAAAGGGUUUCGCUGCUGGAAGCGCUAAGCUGGUCGCCGCCGUUAUCGCCUAUCCCCACGAGGUUGCGCGAACACGACUUCGACAAGCGCCUAUGGAGAAUGGACUGCCCAAAUACACCGGCCUUGUUCAAUGCUUCAAGCUUGUUUGGCUUGAAGAGGGUGUCAUGGGUCUGUAUGGAGGUCUGACACCUCACUUGAUGCGAACAGUACCUAGCGCCGCUAUCAUGUUUGCCAUGUAUGAAGGCAUCCUUCGACUGUUCCAUACACCUGCGUAA